GAGUAAGUGGAAGAAAGGCAGAGCAAGAGCGCAGGAAGUAUCAGACAGAAAGGAAGAGAAUGUAAUAAAACUUGCAGUUUUCUUUGGCAUGUCGUUAAAAUUUGUCAAUCUUUAAUCUCCAUUGGCUCGAAUCGCAGAAGUGUUUUCUGAAGGCGUGUUUGAUCUGUUUCAGAAACAAACGUCUAGAGGACAGUGACAGAAAACACGAUCACUGUUAGUUCUCUUGACAUCUGGAUGGAUGAACUGUUGUAUCACUGUGUCUACAAGUAAAGAGGAUUCAUUAUCUAAAUAAUAUUCAAGGUAUUCAGAAUGACUGGAAACAACACAAACGACACACAUCAUCUGCCAAAAGAAUACAUAUCUGCUCUUUUGGUCAUCUACAUAUUCAUCUUCCUCGGUGGGACUCUAAAUGUUGUUUUAAUGUCCUGUAUGCUCCAGUCCCAGAGACACCUCUCUUUCACCAACGUGUCAGUGAUCAACCUAAUAGCCGUCCAUUCUUUGUUUCUCUUCACGGUGCCCUUUCGUAUUUUCUAUUAUAUUUCUGAUACCUGGACUCUGGGCAUACAUUUCUGCAAAAUUGUCAGCGUUAUGAUCCAUGCUCAUAUGUAUCUUGCGUUCAUCUUUUACAUCUUUCUUCUUAUUGUGCGUUACAUGGAGAACUUCAGUAAGCAACCUUUGCUAAAUUUCCAUCGCGUUCUUCACGCCACCAUAGCGAGCACGGCGGUCUGGCUUGUCAUAUUUGCCACAAUAUUCCCUCCAACUAUGCUAAAGUAUGGAUUAUCUGCCAAUGAUACAACUCAGUGUUUUAAUUUUGGUGACGCUCUUGAUCAAAAUGGUGUUAAAAUCUUGAACUAUGUUAUUUGUACAGUGGUGUUACUGGUCUGGAGUGUGCUGGUUUGUUUCCAGAUUAAUUUUCUGCUUCACGUGAGUAAGACUCACGGCACAUUUGAGCGUCAAGAAUUCUGGUUACAAAUGAAGAACGUUGUUUUCCUGUUGAUAAUACUUUUUUUUUUUGUGCCCUAUCAAAUAUUUAGGAUAUAUUAUAUAAGUGAUAAUAAGAAUCCUGAACUUCGGUAUAAAAAUGAAAUAUUUCUUGCUUUAACCGCUUUCAGCUGCUUUGAUAUGAUUGUAUUUGCUAGUAGAGAUAUAUAUAAAUACUUUAGCUCAAGGGGAUGCACAUGCUGUUUAUAAUGUCAAUGUUGAUUCAGAUGGGUGCUGUAUUGGUAUUACUUAGUUUUCUAAUUUAUUCUAUUGGCUUUAAAUGUGUUUAAAGAUUACAAAUCCGUUUUAUGAGAGAAUAUUUCAAUUUAAAUAUUUUUUACCAUGUUUCACAAGAAAACGUGAUAUUUAACUUUUCCCUUUAAUAAUAUACACUGCUUUAAUUUUACUUUGUGUUUUCUCUCAUUUGUCAUGUGUAUGUAUAAACCUCUAACUAAUAUUGUUGAGAAUAGAACUGUUAAA